UCGCCAUUUUACCGAAAUGCGAAAGUAGGACACGAACGUUUUGACAAAUUUUACGUUUCAUUAUCAAUCUUAUGCAAAUGACAGUGAAAGUUAUUGAUUAGAAACGGUGCGAAAAUAGUAUGCAAUCAAAAGAGACAGUGUUGUUUGAAUUUUGCAAAAGGAAAUUUGAACACUAACUGGUGGAAUCGCGGGAAAAGUUGUAAACAUCGUGUGCUCAAAGCACCUGUGGCCGUGAGAAAGCACGAUAUUGUUCCAGGUGUACAUCUAAAGUGGACGUACAGGAAACGUCUGCACCAGAGUGUCAUCUCUUUGGAUGUUCGUUCACGUCUUUACAGGCUUAUAGUGUUAAUUUCUACAGAGGAAGACUGAACAAUGAAAAAAAUGUGAUUCCCGGCGAGAGCCUCUGCUUGGCGGUGAGAGGUACCGGAUUGAAUUUCCCAGAAAGUUCUGACAGCCUUAGAUAUGUGACCUGAUAUGUCCAUAUCACUUGCUAUUGCAGCAAACAAGUCAUCUUUAAUAUAAUUUCAGGAUAAGAGCUCGAAUCUCCACAAAUUAUGAGGGGGUAAGCUGAUGCAUCGUCGGCCUCUGCUAGCCCAACAGUGGCAAAGCUGUUGACCAAAGGGAGGGUGAUCUAUUUCAAGGUCACAUGACAAUUCCCAAAACAGUGACUUGCCUUGAAAUAAGACAUUUCAUUGGCAUGCAUAUGAAGCUAAAUAUCAACAAUGAUUGGUAAAUGCUAAUCACAAAUCAGAACUUCAAUCAGUGGAUAAUGAUAAUGGUGUCUAGUCAGAAACAGACUUGGUUGUACACCCCAGUUAUCCAUGUUGACAAACACAGAUGUCAUUUGUCCUGACAUAUCUUUCUUCGCGACAUUAACAUUUAAUGCUGUGUCAGUAUUGUGCCACCACUUUUGUUCAGUAGCUUUUAUUUCUAGUAGAUGGUGGUUGUAAAUAAGUGUAGGAACAGAUUAUCUUAUUCGUGAUGUGAGGAAGAACAUAACCAACGUGUACAAGUGCCUUUUUUGAUCUCAAAGAUAUAUUUUUCAUCUGAAGAGUUGACCUCUUUCAUUCUAGCCAGCUUCUGUAAAGCUGCUUCUGUGUUUUUGAAAGCAAGGAAUGAAAAAAUAAUAACUUAGAUACAAACUGUGCCAAAUCACUGCCUUUGAUUUUGAUGAUUAUUUGAUGUGUAUAAGUGGCAGUGCAAUGAGGACAUAGCAGACUUUAGUGCAAGAAUUGCUCUGGAUUCUGACAACACUAGUUGAAGAUAGUUUCUGAACAGACUGUCAAGAUGGUCAGUUCCCAGUGAUGGCGCCCACAACGCUCCAAAGAAUGAUUUUGCGCCAGCAUGGCUAAAGAUUCCAGCACAAGAGAAUCCUAAGUCAUCUGGGUCCAAACACUCUGAGCACAUGUCUGAUAAAGCUAACCGCCCACAUAGAGAAGAGAAUUACCACAAUAGUUUCAACCGCUAUGGCCCAGAUUAUGCUAGAUUACAUAGACAACAUUCAUUUGACAACUACUUUGAAAGUGGUGAGUGUGGGAAGCGGUACCCUCCAGGACAGGGCAAGUAUAGACACCACUCAGUAGAUGACGAGUUCUACCCAUAUCCUUAUGGUCACUAUGGAUACUACAAUGGCUACUCAGGAUAUGAUAAAUUUGGAAUGCAGUACAGCUCUCAACCAUCACUGUUUAGGCCUCCUCGUGAUGGGAAAUACCAACAUCCCAACACCCGAUUUGGGCAGCCUGACCCUGUUUUCUUUCAGCAGCUGAAUGGAGGCUACCCUCCGGGCUACUAUGAUCUCUAUCCCUAUGAUUAUUACCCUGGCGAGCCCCCCUAUUAUCCGGGCUACCCGCCACACCCCAACAAGCGCAGCUACUAUAACAAGGAGUCUCGCAGCAACUCAAAGGAGAGCAAGGAGAAGGAAGGAGUAGACAAGAAGGAGAAGGAAGGCGAGAAAGAGCCGCCAUUCUCAGAUGACUUUCCAUCUUUAAAUGGCAGUGAAGAUACAACGGAACCUAAAACCACUAAGUCGCCCAGUGGUGGAGGAGUGUGGGACAACCGUCCAAUAAACAAAUCGGGAAAGGGAGACGAUGGAGAUUACAUGUUCCGAGAUGGCAGAAGUCAAGGAGGGGCCAACAUCUACAAGUCCUUAAUUCCAAAGGGGACAAUUGUGAGAAAGAACCCACGUGAGGGUGCCCGUGUCAACGGAGGAUAUAAAGACCAGUCUCCCCUAGCGUCUGUGAAACCCAUGUCACCUACUCUAGCUCAAUCCGGGAAAGAGGGGUCCCGUCAAUCACCCACACCGCCUGCAGAUCUUCUCAACACUCGAUUUGUCACACAGCCCAAGAACCUGGGUGACAAAAAGAGCAACUUUCUCAAGACUCUGCGUUCGGACAAGCCCCCACAAGAAAAUGGCAUUGCUGGCCAUGAAAUACAGGAAAAUGGGGAUUCUGCAGGCAAAUCCUCGAGUGAUCAGCUGGUGAAUGGAAUGGAUGAACUGCAAGUGUCCACAGAGCCAGGCCGCAACAUCCUCUCCAGCUCCCUGGAAGCUGAACAGAGGCUGCUGCGUGAGAUGGGAUGGAAUGAGCAGGAUGAGGAGGAAUACGUCAUCACGGAAGAUGACAUGAAGGAGUUCCAGAAACUUACAGACAUGAUUAAGAAAACCCCUCGCAAUGGCCUGGCCCGGACUCUUCCAAAAACAUGGAGUCCGAAGCACAUCCCAAUAUACCAACUAGCCAAUACCCAGGAGCUCAAUGAAACACUCUCAUCAUCCGAUUCGGAGACGGAGGAUGAUUCGUAACACAGGCUACUGAUGUUGUUGUCACUGCAGUGAUGAUGUGUGCCGCCGCUUUCUCGCUGUCUUGCACCUGUCUCUGCUGAUUGGAGAAGAACCAUGAGCAGUGUGUCCAUGUUUGCAGUCAGUUUCCAGGAGCAACUGUUCUGAUGGAUGAUUCGCAAAGCUAGUUUGAGCGUUUUAUGUGGUAUUUACAGAAAAACGAAACUGGUAUUUGAUAAUAUCGAUUCUGAAGAAAUUUUUGAAUUUAUUUUUUAGUUUUUCUCUUUUUUCCCUUGAGAGCUUCAAGGGAGGAAGUUUUGGGGUCUUGAUUUGUUACCCUGUUUGCAAAGACAAUUACCAUGUUAAAAACUAUGGAGAGGUAUUUAUAUAUUGUAUGAUAAAACAAUGGACUUGUGAUUUCACAUUGUCGACGUCAUCUCAUGCCAACAGUUGCCCAUUGUGUUAGGUCUUCUUGGAUCAUGCGAGCAAGAAGCUUGGUCCACAGUCGAUGCGAGAUUCACAUCACGGAUGUCUCAUUGCCACCAUUACACCAUUGAUUCAAGACCAUAAAUUUUGUGCAGCAGGUUUUAUUCUCAGAAGAUGAAACAGGAUGCCUUUCUUUUCAGCAAAUUGUCAUAAUUUUAUUUUUGUCAGAUGCAUAGUAAUUGAACCAUACUACUGUAUCACAAGUAUUACGUUUUCUUUGCAUGAAAGAACAAUCUUUCCUUGUCUCUGCCUGGCAGCAUAACAAAGACAAAUUCUGGGUCCGGGAUUCUUCACGAAGCUGUUGAUGGUACUUUUGAACAUUGAUUUCAUUUUCCACACUGUAAACUUUUUAAAAUUUCAACCAUAUGUCUUUCUCUUAGCAUACUGAGUGCUUAGUAAUUACCAAAACCACGGGUUUCAUUUGUCAUCAGGGCAGUAGCUGCGAGAUAGAUGCGUUAUAUUUUCAAUCAUUGAUGAUCCAUAGUGUUUGCUGUUAAUUCUCUAUGAAGUAAACGUGCUGUGGCAUGUUACCAUAUCCACUAGGUGUGAAUGUCUUCCUGAAAGGUUAUACUAGCUCUAUAACUUACUCUAGUAGGUACUCCUGUACAGUUAAUGGGGUUGUAUUAUUACAUUUUUCUCAUUCCAGCUAUUGAUAACAUUGUCAGUGUUUUGUGAGGUAUAUCAUCUAUACUAUACAUUAAAUAUAGUGUCUGUGACAAUACUACAUCAGCACUGGUUCUAUUGUGGUGACAACAGGUAUAUAUGCUCAAACUUCAAUGCUCUUCAAUACCGUACCUUUCUACGAUGCCACUAUAGCCAUGUAACCCUGAUAACUGCUCUUCUUGAUAGCGAUCCUUGAUAUCAAGUAUUUGAAUUCAGCAUGUUUGCCAAGGAGGAAAUGUAUUGAUGUCAGCAUGUUGAUAGUGUCUGCGAACUUGGUGAUACAACCAUGUUCUCUUUACUUGCAGCAGAAUUUGCUGACGUCGAUGUUUUGAUCGUGGAUAUGUGAUAAGGGAAUUAUUAGUAGCAUUUCACUUACUUGUUGGAAUUUGCCUUUCUCAUACUGACAGCUAAAAAGUGUUAAUUGUUGGUGUUUAAUUUUGUUCUGCAUACAUCCGAGAAGACAAGUUGUGAUUCUCAAUUGAAAAAAACCUUUACCUGGAAGACUAUUGCUGGUGUGAAUGUCAUUUACAGACAUGUAUUGAGGGAUUAAAGGAAUCAUUUAAAUAUCAUUUGUUGAGAGUCAUCUGUAAGACAUCACAAAAUGGUGCCCAUGGUUACCGUAACCUUUUGUUGCAUGUUACCACAUGAUAACCCCUUGCCAAAGAAUCCAGUGCCAUCUAGCAUGUUUUUGUAUGUGCAACUGUUAACUCCAGAAAAGCGCUAAGCUUUCAGGAUUCAUGUAAUGAAAUAUGAGAGAGACAUCAUGACCACAUAUCUGUCAUAGUUAUGGAGCUGCUCAGAAUGAAUGGCUUGUUUUGUGAUACGAGACCAGAAGCCGACACCCAAGAAUUGAAUCUAGUCAUCUGUAAAGGGGAGGUAACCCAAGUGCUCAUACCAUUCCGCGAUAGUCAUAAUGAUCAAAUAUGAAAUGGUGACUAAGACGUAUAUCUGUAAAAUAUUUGUCAUGAAAACCCUAUGAGUAUUGUCAUAAGGAGUUCUUUGUCUCACUUUUACUAAAUUCAUAGAUUUGUUUUGUUCCACUUUUAUCUGUUUGCUGUAAUGGAUUGUCAUACAUCUAAGAAUACAAAGUUUUCGUUGUCAGAUUGUAGCUUCCUUCCUUUCUAUAUGACUUCAUUGACGAAGGUUGUUUUGAAGUUAAUGACCUUGACCUAGUAAUGCAGGUUUCAAUUUAAGAUGUAGUGUCUAUUAUAUUUUGCAUAUAUUAACAGGCUAUGGUUUAUCUGAGAUGCACAUUAGUGGAAUAAAUUGGAACUUAUAUUGUGUUUAAAAUUCACUUGAGCUUACUUUUAGCUUUCAAAUUAUAUAUUGAAGCAAGCUUGAUGUUCCCAGGCAAAUCAUCUUAAAACUAAUUGUCAUAGAUGCCAUAUUAAAGCAAAAUGUGCGUUACUCAGCAUUUUUUUUUUUUUUUUUUCUUUCAAUAAGUUUAACUAGCAUUGCUGAUCUAGUGCCUGAAUAGAAAUAGAUUUUGCUUUUAUAAGAGAUGUUUAUAGGAUACAGUAGUUUCAUAGCGGCUCCGUACUUACGGGGUUAAUUCAUCAAGAUAGCAUAGUUCCAGUAACUAUUUAUUUGUUAAAAAUAGUAUGAUGCUAACUAUUCAGCCAGGUACCAUGCUUAUAAUGGAGAGUGCAAACUACUUAUUCUCAUGAUUACAUUGUUGUUCAACACUUGUUCAGAUAUUCACUACUAUUCUCUAUUUUGGUACAUUAUUUGUAUUGUUAGUUGUGACUCACUUCAGAAAAGCAUCAGAUUUUGUUUUCCCUCUGUCUAAGAAGUGUAGCUUCCCUCCAACAAAUAUUGUACUGGUACAAAUUUUGUCUCUGAAUUAGUCAAUGGGUAAAAAAUGGCAUAGAAAUCAUUUCGUAUCCUUCAAUGAGGUUUUGGCUGAAUUGUGAUGGUUGUAAAGUUUGAAAACAUUUACCAUUUCUGGUGUCCCCCGCCGUGAUGUUGCUGGAAUAUUGCUAAAAGCGGCGUAAAGCCAAACUCCGUCAGUCAGUCUUCAAAUGUUCGGAAAAUUCCUAGUGGGUAGGGGUAGCCAUGUGGGGAUGGUGUGAUAAGGCCAUUCAUGGUAUCCUCCUGCCAUGAUAUUACUGGAAUAGUGCUAACAGUGAUGUAAAACCCAACUCAUCUGUCUCAACCCAGGUGAAGUACAUGGCCAGCAUGGUGAAUUCUGAUCCAAAUAUAUUCUGUCUAAACGAUGCCUGAUGCAAGAUUUAUAUUCAUGUUGAAGACAAAUUGUUAUAACUUCUAUGAUCUAUCAUUAGUUGGUGGACUGCUAAACAUGAACUUGUUAGAAACAGACAUGGCAGAGUUGGAAGGACUUGGAAAAGUUUUCAGAAAACUGCUGAAAAACUUUAUAGCUACCUAUCCUGAAACAUUGCUUUUAGCAUUGUCAGAUUGUAGUGUAAUGGUAUGGACUGUCCCAGGGCCUAGAUUUUCAAAGCUCUCUUAUCGCUAAGAUAGUCGUAGGUUAAUGUUAAUGUAUGGCACUUACGAUUAUCUAAGCGUUUAAAGAGCUUCGAAAAUCUAGGCCCAGGAGUCUAAGGUGAUGCGCUUAUAUUUGCAUCCCUUGAGCAGAAGCUUGUAAGUUCUUAUUCAAGCAUGAUUGGUCAUGUUUCCACAUCUGUCACCACUAUACCCGUGCUCAUGGGUUGCACCCAGGUGCAAACAUCAGAGACCUGCCAGCUUUCCUUACACAUUAAGGGGUCAUGCCAUGAUGAUAAUAUUUUGAGUUAUCAUUCCAGCGUCAGAUUGCUUGAUUUCAAUUGUCAUUAUUUUCUGUGACAAUCAAGUAUUCUUUCCUCAUCUUUCAAUAACAUUUGAGAAUUGCUAGUUUAGGACUGACAGUAAAUUUUCUGAUGAGUACUAGAAAAUAUGUUCCUUGCUUCGCCUUUUAAAUAAUAAAUAAGUCUACUGCUCUUGACAACAAUGUCUGCAUGAUGUGAACGAUUCAAUACAUUUCAACAUGCUGCUCGUAUGCAAGUACCUUCUCGGGACAUAUUUUUCUUUCAUGUCUGUUUCUGUGUGAGGUAACUUUAACCUUUUUACAGUUAUUUGCGAGACAAAAUAAUUUGAUUAUAAGCAUCAGCAUUGUGUAACUUACUAAAUUGAAUAUUCUUACCCGUAGCCACAAUCUUUGGAAGAAAUACGUGAAAAGGAGAACACAGUAAGGAUAUCCUGUUCUAACUGUGAACGGUACAGUACCUGUUUAUAUCAUAUGCAUGUACUGUACAUACCUCAUCUGAGAUGAAGAACUCCUCCUUUGAAAUUAGUCAUCCUGGUAGAUAAUGAAGCUAUAUAAUAAACUAUAUAUCCAACUGGUGAAAAUGUUCAAUAUGUAUGUCUGUAAAAAGUUGGAAGAAGAAUAUUUUUAUGCAUUUUGUAAAUUAUUUUAAAGUUGUGAUCGUGUAACCAAGGGCUCAUACUUAUCUGAAGAUGCACUUAUAUGAUAUAAUUCUAGGUUUUGUUUAGCUUGUUGAAUGACAUUAGUCAGUUGCUGAGCUGGAACAAGAACAAGGUUAAUGCUACAUCUGUUAAUUCUCACGAAGUUUUUCUCUUUCUUGCAAUACAAAACUGACGCUGCAUAUGCCAGCUUUUUCAUGUAGGUGAAUAAUUAAGCUCAAUGGGAAAUUGCAUUGUAUAUAUGGAGCAUAUUGAUGUGGAUUGUCUUAGAAUAACUCUUACCAUAUCAUCAGUAAACAGAUUUGCAUUGGUGUGGUGUGUAUCUGAAUAAAUCAAUCAUGUUCAUAUCCUGACGCGUACCGUGUUAUAUAACAUGGUAUCACAUUCUCUUUACCACAAUGUUGUGUAAUAAACUGCACUCUAAAAUAACCGGUCUGCUAUGUGUUGUAACUGUUUUACUACACUUGUUUAAACAAUAUUUUUUCAAUUCAAAGUAAGAAUAUAUUUUGCUAUAAUAUGAGGGACACGUUGACAAAGAUACUUGUUUUUAGUGGGAAGCUUUUUGUGUAAAUGACACUGCCCUGCUUGUUGACACCAGAUACAAAUUAUAGUUAAGACGAUCCACAUUUAUGGUUGGAUUUUGGCCAAAGAGAAUCCUUGAACCCAAGAUAAGUUAGCAUUGCUCUUGUUGAAUGGUGCUACAUUAUCUCCUGUUUUGAUGUUGGAGCAAGAGGUUGGUGGUGCCAUAUGUCAAGGGCAGCCUGCCAUAAACCACAAAGUAAUGUUGAUAUAUGAAAUUAAGAUAUAACUGAAGUUUGAAAUAAAUAGUUACAGUUUAUUUUCUUGUAUUUGGAUCUCAAGUUGUUGAAUCCAAUUGCAAUUUCUGUCAGCGGACAGAUUUCUCUUAUUACAAGUACUGACUAUAUCAGGAGAGGUCAGUCUCGUGGGUUAAAGUUUUAUAUAGAAGGCUACAUUAUGUCUUCUGAAAGUUAUUGAUAAAUGGAAAGGUGAGCUUCUGUACCUAUCUUUUUGUUAAUGUUGAUGAGUUCUUUGUGUAUAUACUACUCAAAAUAUGUUAAACAACACCUGGCCCCGAUUUCUCGAAACAAACUUAAAUUUUUACUCAAAUUUCAAACUGAGUUUGACAAUUUGAAACAGCCGAAGUUUUAACUCCACUACACUUUUUAAAUAAAAAAAAAUCCCAAACAACUGAAGUUAUUUAUCCACCAAACUCAAAUUGUCUACAAAGUUUGAGUUCAACAUCAAUUUCAGUUUAUUCUGGGAAAUGCAUUUUCUUGUUUUCUCAAAUUUGAGGAAAAACUCGUGACUUAAGUAAAAACUCAGACUUAGUUUGUUUCGAUCUUUUGGGGCCUGAUCUUUUCAUACGACUACAGUAAGUUAUUGUGACUAUUAACUUUACUCGGUUGAAUAAAUUGAAUGUUCUUUAACUUCUAUUGAGUGGUAUGUCCUCACAGACCCAACUGUUAGUGGGUCUGUGGAUUGGAUUAAAAUGAUCAACAGUAAUGAUCAAUAUUUUGUUUAGUGAGUUAAAGAAUACAGUUUUGAAUGAUAAUUUUGUAAUGUAUAAUUUGUUUGAGAAACAGAUUUAUAUUUCCAUAAUCACUGUUCUGUGAAAUUAAAUGUGUAUUUGUGAAUGAAUGUUUGAAUGUACUGAAGUUUCGAAGAGACUGUAACAUGGCAGUUCCCCGUCUUUGCGACUUUGUUAGCAUCCUUGCAAUGCCUGCUGUAAGAACGACCCAGGAUUUGUGUUUGUGAUGUGUUUCACCAGGACUUAGCCAAUGUACAAUGUGGAAGAGGCGAGAGAUAUGCAAUGAGCUAAACAAUAUGUAGUUGAGGUAUGUGGAAAUUCAUACUAUACUGUGGUACAAAAUGAGUAUUUUGCUUGGCACUUUACAAAUGAACAUAUACUAUGUCAUGGUGAAAAAUAAAACACAUUUUCCAUUU